CAGAGCACAGCAGCACUUGUUGCUCUGAAGAACUACACAACCCUAACAGGGACUGCUGCUCUGCUGCCUGCCCUUCUUUUCUUCUUCUUAUUUAUUUAUUAACCUGCAAACUUGUUUUCUCUGCUGGUUUCAAGCUUUUAUCAUUACAAAUGAUGUUUUAAGAGCUUGGUGAGAGCUGUUUGGAGGGGAAAGCUGCCUGCUGUGCAGUUGGAACCUCCUUUUUGCCACUUCAUAGCGGGAGAUCAGCUGGUACAGCCUUGGGGGUGAAAAAUGACAGACUCUGUUCCUGCCAAUGGGGAAGGAAAGGACCCUGAAAUCGAGCUCUUUGUGAAGGCUGGUAUAGAUGGAGAAAGCAUUGGGAACUGCCCAUUCUCCCAGCGUCUCUUCAUGAUCCUCUGGCUCAAAGGAGUUGUGUUCAAUGUCACCACUGUUGACCUGAAAAGAAAGCCAGCUGACCUACACAAUCUGGCUCCUGGGACCCACCCACCUUUCUUGACUUUUAAUGGAGAAGUCAAGACAGAUGUUAACAAGAUUGAGGAAUUCUUGGAAGAGACUCUUGCACCUCCAAAGUACCCCAAGCUGGCUGCUAAGCACCGGGAAUCAAACACUGCUGGAAUCGAUAUCUUCUCCAAAUUUUCUGCAUACAUCAAAAAUACCAAGCAGCAGGAUAACGCUGCUCUUGAAAGAGGCCUGGUGAAGGCUUUGAAGAAGCUGGAUGACUAUCUGAGAACCCCUCUGCCAGAGGAGAUUGAUGCAGACAGCACCGAAGAGGAGAAAGUGUCUAAACGCAAGUUUCUGGAUGGGGAUGACCUGACGCUUGCUGACUGCAACCUUCUGCCCAAACUCCAUGUUGUCAAGAUUGUUACAAAGAAAUACCGGAACUUUGAGUUCCCAACAGAGAUGAUGGGGCUGUGGAGGUACCUGAAGAACGCCUAUGCCAGGGAUGAGUUCACCAACACCUGUGCAGCAGACAAAGAAAUUGAACAAGCCUAUGCAGAUGUGGCCAAGCGACUCAGCAAGUCCUAACUGACCUUGGUGGUGGCUCAGUAUCCCCCUUUAAAGACUCUGUUCUCCUUGUUGCCUUAAGAUAUACUUUAUCAUUAUGCUGCCUGGUUGGCAUCUCUAUGACUUCAGCUGUUCAAGUGUAUUGGUCAGGGACAAGUUUGCUUCUCCCUGGAGAAAACAGAAGGAAGCUCUUGUGUGUGGGGGUUGAGACUCUUUGAAAUCUGAACCUAAGAUCUGGCUCAACUAGUAUUAAUGGCAAUCAGUAUUGGAAAUAAGUUCACUCUAUUAGUUUCUUGUUUCAUGUUAGGAGUAUAUCACCACCUGUAUUCUUUGGCUUUCAAAAAUAGGAAAUUAGCUGAAAUUUCAAGUAAGAGAGUUAGAAACAUAUAAACAUGUUAUGUUAUAUGUUAUUUCAAGGAUGCUUUUUCUCUCCAUGCUGCUGAGAUCCUUGAGGCAGGAGCAAAAUAUGAGAGGGAGCAGGAAAAAGGAGCUUGAUCCUAAAGGAGAAAAACCACUAACAGUUAUAUUUUUUAAAACUCUCUGAGUAUUCUGUCUUAGCAGGCCCAAGAGUUUAUAGGGUACUUAUUUUUAACUUGAUGCAAGAGGGGGAAGCCUGAGUGAAUAUGUCAGACUUGCAGAUGCUAUUUUGCAUAUAAUUUGCAUGAUGCUGUUGGAUCUGGAUGUUUGAAGCGAAAGAGGGUGAAUGAGCAAUUGAGCAGGCAGCCCUUGGAAGAGUGGGGCUAGUGCCAAAAUGCCCAGUGAAUCUGCUAGUUGGUAGAGACACACAGACACAGUAAUAAUGGCAGCAGUUUAUUGACUCCAGCAAAAAGAGGGAAUUGGCACAGCUCACCAAACCACAUAGGUUAUUGUCAUCUUGACUGUAUGGCUGCCAGUUCCUUUAUAAUUGCUAUCUUGGGAAGCUUGGAUAGACAGGAGAAAACUGUCACUGCACACAAAUUCCAGGCAGGGGAAGAGCUUCCUUCACAUUGGGCUCCAGAUGGGUCACUGCAAAACACUCAUCCUCUCACCCCAAGAGAAGUUUGCUCUGAGAGCCUCAAAGAAGCUAAAACAGAGAGGGGCACAUUUUCAGCCAGGAAUUCAGCAGAAAUCCAUGCAUGAUGCCUUAGUCCUGCUCAUCCAGGGUUUACCUAUCUAGGUUAUGCAAUUCAUCAUUAAGAUUUAUUUGUAAAACAGAUUAUUUUCUUCUAUCUGAAGUGUCUGCCUGACACAAUCUGCUUUAUACCAGUGAUUAUUUGCACAUUCCUCAGAGAAAUUCAGAAUGACAGCUCUUUUGCGUGAAACUUAUAUACCCUGAUAUGUACAAGAGAUGCACAGGGCUCUCGAUUUUCAGUUGGGAGGCAUUUAUCAUUGUUUUCAAAGGUAAAAUAAAGCUGAGCUGUAGCCUGAUGUGGCUCCCCUUCUGAUCAGAGCUGUUAGAGUUGCACUGAUUUGAAGGGAACCCUGAGCUGGUGAGUUGUGACCAUGGGGAACCUCACAGCAGGCUUGUUUGCAGCCAGAGAGCUGGAGGCAGGAGACAGCAUUGAAAGGCAGCCUCUGCCGUGUGAUGCUGAUGACAAUCUGAAGCUAUCCUGUUGCUGUGGUGGGAUUAUUCCACUUUUCACAGUAAGCCAGCUGGGAGCAGAAUGUUGCUCAUCGACUGUGAAGAUAGUUUGUGGUUUGCCUAUUGUUUCGCAUGCAAUGGUCAAUUUGUCCGGAACUUUCCAAAACCUUGGAAGAAAAUCCAUGGACUCUCAAUUCUUCCCCUAGAACAGGCUAUUUUAGCAACAGCUAGACUAGAGGGCAUAGCCUCAUUCUCUUUAAAAUAUUGCUGAGAAAUCAGCUGGCUCAGAGAACACUAAUAGCAGCCAGAAAAAUCUAAUGAGAUUAGAAGUGUCUGUGCAAGCACAUGUGGCUUGUUAAAAUAUUUCUUCAUGAGACUGGAAUUAUUUGUGAUUUAUUUUUUUUUUUUAAAUUAAUAGAUGUAUUUAUUUAUUUAUUUCAAUUGACUUGGUCCUUUGCAUCUCUCUUUCUGGUGUUGUUUUCAGUCAGCACAUUGGUCAAGAUGGCUCUGUCUGUUAGAGAAGUGUUCUUAGCAAUGCUCAGCGAAUUCAUUUCUAGUGAAAAGUCUUCUAUAUGAGUAAUGGUCACUGGGCUUUUUUUACUUCCAGCAUGAUUAGGUUAGGAGCAUGCUGACCAACAGAAUCUACAUUUUGCUCAGUUGCCUUUUUCCAGGUUUGUACUUCGGUUAGUAGCUUUGCUUAGUCACAGUUGCAGUGAAUCUUUGAAUGAAGAUGCAGAAGCAGAUGUGGGUUCUCACUCUGUGCUUAUUUAGCUCCUUAAAGAAAAUUGUCCAAACAUGCAGCAGAUCUCUCAGGCAGGGUAAGUGAACCAGCUCAGGGUCUGACCUGAUUUCUGUCUCCGUCAAUCCUCAUCAGUUUCCUGAAUCCUAUGGUUCUGAAAUGUUCUAAUAUGUCUUUUCUCAGUUUUGCUAGGAGAGGGCCAAAUCACAGUCAGUUGAUCUCAGUAACCUAAAAUGCAUCUGUUUUUUUAAAAAAACAUUUUUAUAAAUGCUAGGGCUGAGACAAAAAAACAAAAGGAGCUGUUAGUGCAAUAAGCUUUUUCUGAGAUGAUUUGCAUGUUCUUAAAAUCUCUUUAGGAUUUAAUUAUAAAAUCUGAAAAUCCCCAAGCUACCUUCCUUUUACUUAAUAAUUAAAAAUCCUUAAAUAUCCUUAUUUUUCUAACAAUACCUCCCAGAAUUCUAGAUAAAAUUUAUUGAUGGGUAUGAGAAAGAAUAAAAGGAAAAAUAAACAUUUUUCAGCUACUGUGCCAGAUUUGUGUGAAUUCAAGUCUUAUUCUGCAUCCUAACUUUGCAUUUUACUCAGACCUCAAUUAUAGUUUGAUCCAAGAUUGUGGACAGGUUCAGGCAUUCCCCAACCUUUGAGUUCGAAAUCGAAGCUUGUGUUUUCAGAUCUGUAACUUUCACUUGCCUUUGUGCUUUUUAGCUUUAGCCAUAGUCAAAAGCAGGAAAUUCUGGAAAUCCUACAUAUAAAAGAGUUUUGCUAAGAUUUUGGUCUCAGUUCUCCAGACUCAGGAUCCAUCACCAGUGAGAUUUUAAAGGGCUCCAGACUCCUUUAGGCAGGGUAUUUUUGGUGACCUUCCAUUGUAUUUAGAAUUUUAAGUAAUAAAUAUUAAUCAUACAGGAGUGUAUAUCUACAUUGGCAAGGCAGCAUUUCUGAAAAGAAUCUAAGUGACAAGACAGACAUCACAGAUUCACAAUAACUUUGUUCAUAAAUUUUUUGCAAGAUGUAAAGAAAGACAUAGUGCAGAGGGAGAAGAAGCCAACAAUGUGGAUUUAAUCAUCUACAUUUCAGAAAUGCAGACCAAAUGUCUGUAAAGAUGUCCAUUUCAUCCAAACAUUUCUUAGAUAUUUAUUUCAAAGCUCCCUGUUCAGUCAAUCCAACACUCCAUUCAUAUUGGGACUAAUAUUGAUUUUUCUUCUAUUGGCAGUGGUAUGGGAGUGCUGGAGGAUCCUAUACAUUAGUUACUCUUAUUUUCUGUUAAGACUAUUUGAAUUGCCCAGAGGUCAUCUUGCUGCACAGGUAGGACCAAAGGAGUAUCUGAUUCAAGACUCUGACAAAUGUUUUUUUCCAAUUAUAUAAUGAUAUUGUUUCGUGGGGUCUAGUGUGGAGUAUAGAGCUACAGGUUACUCCUAUGUUUGCAUCAGCUGAAAAGCCACUGCCAUCAAGGAAUGCCAGUCUGUGUCACAGAGAAACUAGACAUCUUUUUUUCCUACAAGAAAGUUCAGCUGAAUCGUACAUAGCAACUUAUUUUGAAUAUGCAUUUAUUUUAUUUUAACCCCCAGCCCUCUUUCCCCCUCCUUCAUCUCUGCUCAAAGUCAAAUCCAGUUUAGCCAUAACCACUCUGCCAUUUUUUUCAGUGCUAAGUAGCAGGGUGCUCAUGAAUGGGCACACAGGGAAGUGUGUUUUGUCCAUCUUGUGGGAUGAAGUGCAAAGGCCACAGCUUGCAGCACUGCUCCCACCACUGUGCCAGCAGCAAAGGCGCGAAGCAGGAGAGCUCCCUUUCUUCAUGGACCAAAUUUGUCUAAUUAUCUGAGUUUAGGGUAUUGCAAAAAUGUAGGCAGUGGAAAUCCCACUUUUGUAAAACCCCAGGAGCACAUGGAAACAUUCACUUUUUUAAAUUAAUUGGUAUUUUAAAGAAAAAAAACAACAAACUCAAAGUCUCAUGUCAUCCUUUGUGUGUAUUCUCUUAAGCAUCAGGAAGUUUGCACUUACUAUUCUGCUAGAUAUAGUAAUUAUUCUUUAAUUGCUUUUGAUAUUAAGAAAUAUUUUUUUCCAGUAAGAUUUUGUUCUUCUGCUCAAUCUUUCAUCUCUUCAUUAAUUUUGAUGUCUGUGAUGACCUAGUAAUUGCAGAGGAGGCAGAAAAGCUGUGAAGCUCAUACAUGUUGAGAAGCUGAACGAAAUAAUGAUUUUUUUUUGGAGAAAACAGUAUUAAAACCAUUAUUUUUUUUUAAUGUGCAUUUUCUUCGGGGAUACUGUAAGCAAGAGUGAUGGACUGUUUAGUCUGGACUGGGAUUUUCAGCACAUACCCAAGCAAGCCACCAUGUUUAAGGUGGCUUUGCUUAGGGAUUUUCCCUGGAUACAUAGAGAUGUUCCCUCUGAGUCACAAAAGUUCCAGUUUUCUUGAUCAGGAGGGAUCUGCUGGUUUGUAUUGGCACCAAACUAUGGCAGCCCACUAACUAGCCGGUGAUAAAAGGCGUCUGUUCCCUUCUUUUCCCUUCUAGCCCACAUGCAGGGAAAGCAGAGAACAUUAAUCUGUUUUAUUUCCUUGCCCCAUAUCCCAAACAAGACUCCAGCCCUAGGAAAGCACUGAAACCCUGUCCAAGGCAGGUUUUCAAAGCUUGAUCAGUCCAUGUUUUAACACCUGACCUAAAGGUCUGAAGAGCCCAUGUAACUCCUCAGGCUCUCACCAUGUAGUGUUACAGGACUCAGUUAUUCAGUCGUGAUCAGAGCAGCAGUGAUGAUUGGAGACACACUAAAGCUGAAAAUGCUCUAGAGGCUGCAUUCAAAUAUGGUGUAUUUUAAGCUGUGCUCUUCAGCUAACCAGCUCUAAAUGAUGACAUUGUUGCAGCUCAGCAGGUUAUUCUUCUGCUGCCAAAUGAACAACCCAUCACUCGCCAGAGCACUUGGGUGGAAAAAUCACAGAAUGGUAGGGGUUGGAAGGGACCUCUGAAGAGCAUCUUGUCCAACCUCCCUGCUGGAGCAGGAUCACCUGCAGCAGAUCACAUAGGAGCACAUCCAGAUGGGUUUUGAAUGUCUAUAGAGAAGGAGACUCCACUGACCCUCUGGGCAGCCUGUUCUAGUGCUCUGUUACCCAUACAGUGAAGGAGUUUUUCCUUAUGUUUAGGUUGAACCUCCUGUGUUCCAGUUUGUGACCACUGCCCCUUGUCCUGUCACUGGAGACUGGUCCCAUCCUCCUGACAGCCACCCUUUAGACAGUUAUGACCAUCGAUGAGAUCCCCCCUCAGUCUCUUCUCCAGGCUGAACAGGCCCAGCUCUCUCAGCCUUUAUGGCAGAUGCUCCAGCCCCCUGAUCACCUGAAUGGCUCUAAGCUGGCUCCGAGUCUAAAUGCUGAAGCUGCUCAGCCAGUGGUGGUGCAACCGUGAUGAAAAGUUUGGGUGCCACCUUUCCCUCAGCCUGGCUCCCUGGCUGUGGCUCAUUCAUUAGCAGCUGGGCUGGGGCCCUGCUCCGGCGCUAACGAGCGUUUCUAGCUUGCAGCAUGUGAAUAGAGACUACUCCUGUGUUUAACAUUAAACAUGUGCUCGCCUGCUCACCUGGAGAGGGGCCUAAAAGUCAUGACAGAAAAGCUUAUAUUAAUGAAGAGUGUUAUUAUUCUCUUUCCUUUGAAAUCUAGUGGCAGAAUUCCCGGUGGGGGAAUUCCCAAUAGGAAUUCCCAGUAGAGCCCCAGGCUACAUAAGCACGAAGAUGUUUCAAGCGUGAAGAUGUCCUUAGAGAACAGAAAACACUCAAGGAGAGAAGGAAGCAGCAAUGAUACAUAGAAUCUUCCUGCAGAAGCAGGACAGGGGACCCGGAGGUAACUGGAGGGACACCACCAGUGCUGUCAGGCUCCACCCUAGUUUAUCAUGGGGAGGUUCAGAGCAGAGCUGGGACCAGGCCAUGCUGGCAGUGUGAUGCCAAGGCAUGUUCUACUGUAUCUCCAGCCACGCUCCCUAUGGUGAUAUCCCACAGCAUAACGAUGCCUCCAUUGUGUCUGCCUCGCUCUUAUUAUGAAGUGGCUUGUCAAAAGAAAACUAAGAAGGGUGGGGGAAUUUUUUUUAUAUAUAUAUAUACAUGGAGUAAAACCAAUCCAAAUAUGCUUUAAUGGUUCUCAACAUGAUACUGUCAAUUCUCACAACAGGGUGGAAUUUGUUGGUGGAAAUUAAAUUAAAUUAAAUUAAAACAGAAAAGCUUGGCUGUUGCUAAUGGGUACUACUGGGAGCCCUAAAAGCAGUUUGCAGUGUAGAACCAUAACAGGAGUGAACAUCCCUUAAUUCUCAGAAUCACUUGUGUUUCACAGGGUCAUUUCAGCCUAUUCUGCUGCACUGCUGUGAAGUUGCUCUUUCCCUGUCUCCCUAGGUCUAUAAACUCUGAAGAAUUUGGGAAACUGAUUUUUCACUUUUUUUUUUUUUUUUUUUCUCCCCUCAUUAAAUUAAGUACUUUAGUUUAGAGGAAAGUGAUGGGUGAAUAAGAUUUGCAAACAGCAAAUUCCUCUACUUUUUCAUUAAAGAAGUUUUAAAGAGCUUUUAGGAAGUGAGAGGUUAUCUCCAGCUUUGGAAUAAACUAUAAAAUAUAUAUAGAAGUGUGAUUCUGAUUAAAUAAUUCAAGCAAGAAGAUUACAGUUUGUUUUAAGGAGCAUGUUUAUGACUAAAUGAACAGAAUACUCCAGAUAUUGCAACAGGGACUUGAUUCAGUUCUAAUCUGCAUUUGGUUUCCUUAAUUACUUAUUGUAUAACGUAGACAUUAUAAAUAUAUGUUUACACUUUAUUUAGCUGCAUUAUUUAAUUUGACAAUGCUGUAAAGUGUGUUGGGAUGGAAGGUGGCAUGAAGAGGCGAACUUAUGCUCUUGAAACAGCACUAUUAUUACUGUGUCUUGGACUUUAUUACCUCUGGAAUAAACAAGAGCAGCACCAGGAUCUCAGAUGCAGAUAGUCUGGCAGUCUCUGUGGAGCUCAGGGUAAUUUGCUGUGUGGCAAUCUGAGCCUUGCAGUGGGCACAGUGUGUUUCAGAAGGCAUCCAGGGCCCAUCCUUGGGUUGAAUGGAUAGUGUUCCUUGUGAAGGGACCAUGGCAAAUCCCCUGCUGCUCUCAAAUGAGGUGAAGCCAUCACGAGAUGUGGACAGGCCAGCCCUGAACCAGACACAUUUGCCUGUAGCACAGCCACCAAGUUGGUCUGACACCAGGAACCACAGCACGAGAGCCUGGCCUCAGAAGUGAGUCAAAGCAGCAUCUUUGUCACCAGUUAUUCUCUGUAACGGUGCAGAUCUGUUUUAUAAUCAUGAGGAGGCACAACAGGAGUGGGCUUUGUCCUGCCUAAAUCGUGUUUCCUGUGCAGGUGCAGUUCAGCACAGCCCUUGGCCCCUUGCCCCACACACACCCACCCAAGGCAGGGCAGUUCUGGCACAACAGUGCACACCCUGUCGUGCUUGAAUGCUCAAAGACUCCUGUGCUGAAGCAAUAAACUCCUGCUAAAUGGCUUAAAAAUGUUCCCUGAAGUGUGCUGAGCUGAUGCACUGCCUCACUUCCAAUGCUGUUUUGUGUUCAAAUAAACCAGGAGUGUGUCACAUCCUUUAGUGCUGGAAAUGACUGGGCAUUAUUAACCAUGAGAAAUUGGGGUGAAAUACCCCAAACCCCAAUUCAACCCUCUUUCCCACUUUCUGGGUGAAAACUGACUGCUUGUGCAUCUGGCUAUUUUUUGGGGCUGCAAAUCAGCUCCCAAUAGCUGCUUGGUUUGAUUUCUGGAGAACAGGUCCUCAUCCCUGCAAAUUCUCAGAGCUAUGAUGGUAUCCCCCCGUCCCUUUUUUGUGUUUGUUUGGGGUUUUUUAAGUUAAGGGUCCUGCUCUGUAUUGCCUAGAAAUUUAUGAUCUAGUGAUCAAGAGAUUUAUUGUCUUAGUCUGACUGUUUCGAAUUCUAAAGCCUGAAGAUCAAAGCCAAGUUGCAUAGUGACAUUUGGAGGUCAACAGAAAUGCUUGUUUCCCUCAAAACCCACAUGUUUUUAAAUCCUGACUCAUUUGGGGCACAGCCCUGGUUACUUAGAGAGGAGUCUGAGGUUGAAAGAGGGGAAGGGGAGCCCACUGUAUGUGCUACUGUCUUUCCACUGAGAGAGGAUAGCAGGAGUGAGUCUGGAAGUCCUAAGAGGUAUAUGGACAUGUUUUCCAUUUUCAAUGUGAAAGCAACCUUUGCAGAGACCUGAAUGGCCCUAAACUGACCCACAGUUGAUAAAAAAUUACAGUGACAUGACAAAGCAGUAUUUGGGAUAUGAACAAUGACAUGACAAUCAGGCACAGUGCCUCUUUGGGUCAUUAUAUGGGCAAAAAAAUAUCCCAUUUGAAAGGACAGUCCAAUUUUUAGGUGCUGGUCGAGACCUGAGUCCAGGACUGAAUUUUCUCUAUCAAAAUGUCAUUAAUCUCAGAAACACAUAAUGGCUGUUGGAAUUAUUCCCACCUGAUCUGCCGGGGUAAAAGCAAAAUCAGUAACUCUUAUGGAGAAAGCAGGAAUGAUCUUUAAGCUCAGACCCAGUAAGCUUCAAGGAAAAGUAAUUUAUUUGUAAACAAGUGUUUUGUACUGGUUGACAGUUAAAAUUAGCUGUGCAUCGUGGCAUCUCCAUCAGAGAAAAAAGACAGACAGGAUAAAUCCCUUUUCAUACUUGUGAUUUCAGUUGAGGCACAUCCUCUGUUAAUGGGUAAUUUUAGAUUAGACUGUAACCUGUUGAGGUAGGAACUAUGUAUUUCUUCUCUGUAUGUGCAGCUCCUAACACAACAGGAGCCUGAUGAGAACCUUUUUGUGCUGCUCUAACCCUUGUAGUAUGUAAUAACAAGAAUAAUAUAAUGGAAAUGUCAUUGCAGUUCACCUUUAGUGUUAUGAUUGUGUUGCUAUAUUCUGUCAACUGUGAAAAUUUUCAUGUCCUUUUUGUAUUAUAGGUAGUAUAUUUUAUUAUUGAAGAGUUAACUUUAAUUUUUAAAGCAAAAAAGUAUCUGCUCGUUGUUUCAUUUUAAGCUUUUGCAUAAAUAAGCAAACUUUUCUUUUGUAUCCUUUAAGUGAGUAUGUGUUAAAUGAAGAAAUCCCCCUUCCGGAGUUGGAGCUGUUUAUAAUCUUAUAUUCCAAAAGUGAUUAACACCUGAUAAUUUGAAUAAAAGUGGUUUAUUUUCUCA